AUGGCUCGCACCCGCAAUGCGUCGCGCUUGUCCACUCAGCACGCCUCUUCACGACGCCAGAGCCCGUCGCGCAGAUCUAGCAGCCGCAUAACUCAGCUCACAAACCUCUCCACAAGCUCCGAACUGUCUUCUGAAGACGAUCCACUCGAUGUUGGGAAUGAAGAAUACUCCGAGUCAGGCGCAGACGAGACUGCAACAGCCUUUCGCAUUCCGGUCCGAAAAACAAAGACGGCUCCGUCGCAGCGCAGAACGGGCCGAGCUAGAACUGGGGAGAGAACCACGAGAAAUACAUACAAAGGCAGUAAGAGAAGCAGCAAAACCCCUUCGAAACGUAAGCGAGAAGAUACUAGCUCCGCCCAUUCGAGCCCCUCGAAACGAUCUCGACAGUCACCGAAAAUAGUACGAGAACCCUUAAUACACUCGGCCAUCAUCCCGGAUUGGAGGGACCCGAGAAUACCUGUUGAAUGCUGGUCCGACAUCUUCUACUAUGCAGCCUCUGAUGACACUCCGGAUAGCCUUGCUACCAACUGGCUGCUUCAAGUCGCCACAAGCUGCCACUUCUUCACCGAGCCAGCUCUCGACACGCUUUAUCGCUGUCCGACUAUUCGGCAUUCAUCAAAGGCCAAGAAGCUUGCAAGUCUUCUUGAACAACCCGUCUCCGAAACAAGAUUCAACUACCGAUCUAAAAUUGAAAUCUUGCACCUUGAUAUCCACGUUGUGCCCGCCACUAUCCUGUAUCAGCUAAUCCACCCGCUUCCUCGACUCCGAGAGCUCAUCAUUUACACACCAUAUGAUCAACCCCCGUAUAGGGAGCUCGAAAAAAGUAUUCGCCGGCAUUAUUCCGCAGACAUCUUCCAAGCCCUCCUUCCGGGAGCAAACGAUGCGACCGAGGCUACUCUGAAGCCGUACCAUACACAGCUGAGGAGCUGGGAAUGGAGCGGGCGCCUGAUCGGAGGCUACGUGGAUGGGCUCAAGGACAUUGGCCGCAUACACGAGCUGCCCUCCUUUGCUACCCUCUCACGCGUGAGCUUCACAAACUUUCAGACACCGUCUCUGCGCAAGCGCUCGCCCAGAAAUGAUGAUGAGGCGGCGCUAUUUCUCGACCAAGACAAUGCCCACAUUGAAGCUAUUGCUGCAUCUCUCGCUAAAUUGCCAUCACUAACUCAUCUCGUAUUCGAGUCAUCCACCGUCAUGAAUGAUCACAUGCUUACUCUUCUACCGAGAGGCUUGCUUCAUCUCGAGCUGAUCAACUGCUGGGAGAUUCGCGCUUUUGAUCUUGCAGCCUUCCUGCGAGACAAGGGUAGUGAGAUGCGCAUCCUCAGCCUCCAUCAUAACCAGUCGCUCGACUUGGGGUUUCUGACCGAUCUCGCUGAUACAUGCCCCAAACUGCGCGAGCUAGACAUGAACCUUUCAUAUUACAAGCUUCAUGAAGCGGCCAGCGACUCGGACCCCAUGUACGAUCAAGCGUUGCUGCCUGAUCAGGUGCCUCGUUGGCCGCCCAGCAUCCGAGUCAUCAAUAUUGAACAUAUACGUGACUGGUCCGUCGAGGCGGCGGUCAUGUUCCUCCAGACCCUUAUUGACAACGCGCAUAACUUGCCUAACCUACGUCACCUCUCUGUCAAAACUAUGCUAGACAUUCCAUGGCAGUCUCGCGCCACAAUGCGCACUGCCUGGCGUGACAAGAUGGAAAAGGUCUUUUUGCGACCCUCUCCUGGUCCUCCGCGAGAUUUUAAAUCGCUCCGACCCGAGACGGCUGAGAAAGAUUCCAAGACGACAACAUUGGCGUCGUCCGCAAAGCGCACUUCAUCGCCCACAUCACCGUCUCGUCGCAGCUCCAGACUUGCCGAGCACAAGUCUACUUUCCGUGACGGACGCAAGUCGUCACUGCGCCGUUCUGAUGGAUUCAAACGACGCAAGACCUACAGGGAGCCGGAUACGGACGAGGACGAUCUUUCCGACUCGGAAAGCUCGGAUUCCGAUAUCAGUAGUGUUGGCAUGGGUUCCACCUCUUCAAGCGUUUCUACGCCGGUGCAUGGCCUGUGCAAGACUGUCAACAUCGUAUUCGACAACCAAAAGGUGCGCGAGCUGCAGUACGGCAUGGAGGACUUUCAGACGGACAAUGCCGUGUCAGACGAUGAUGAGUGGAGCGGUGACUACGAAUCCGAUGAUCCCGUUCUACAAUUUUGA